AUGAAUAAACAACGGAUUGUCGAAGUCAUAUUGUUAAUCACUAUCAUUUCACUCGUUGCUUUGUUUCAGCUAACAGAUUUUCCGAAUUCAGUCCUGAGUCUUGAUUUAAUCUCUAAGCCAAUCUUGCCGAAUUUCCAAACCACUGACAAAUCGAGAGCUGAUGAAAAGAAGCCGCCAUAUAUUGGAACCAAAGAGAAAACAGGCAAUGGUAUUAACGACACGAACAAAAUAAAUUUGGCAAGCUUUGAGCAAGAUAGCAAGUCUUUUGACAGUGCAUCCAACAUUUACGUGUCUCUUGGCUCAAACGCAAAUUCGGAUGUGAUGGAUGCGUUGCCGCUUGUUGUUAUGUCUUGGCUAAAACUCGGGAUUAAAUCUCUCCUCUGUCUGAUCGGCACAGAAGACGUAUACAAAGCGGACAAGAAACUGAGUUUGAUCUUGAGUUAUCUAAGAAAGUUCGAUGUGACAAUCACUUUUAUCCCGGGCCCUUUUGUCUUGAAUGAGAUCACUCUUGCCCAGAUCUUCACUUACAACACGCUCUGCUGUGGAUUUGUGACCGUUAAAAACAGCAAAGUUCAACAUUAUCCAGUAACAACAAUAGGAAUGAGAGUGAAGACGUGGAAAGAGAUUCUCGUUUAUUCAAAAGCCCGCUACGAAGAUGCGCUUUCAAUAGAGCAAGCUUUGAACAAGACUCUGGAUUCGAAAUACUUUGAUGAAAAGUACUUUAAUUUAACGAAAGGCAAGGGUAUAAAACAUACCAAUGCUUGGUACGCUGAUCAAGCCUACAUUUCGUAUCAUAUUUUUGUUUGGCAUAAGAGAAAGUAUGAUCAAAUCAAAAUGGGUUCAUGGGCUCAAAUCAGGAUUCGAAUUGAUCGAUGGAAGUGGCCACGGAAAGAUCAAUUGGAAAAACUAAGAAUCGAAAUGUUCAACGAUGCUCACCUCAUUCGCCCAUUGAUGCCAAAAUGGGAUGACGUUCGACCGCUUUUCGUCAAAAUCUUCUCAGAAGAUUAUAUGAAAAUAGCUGAUGAAUACGCUAAUGAAUAUUUAAAACUA